AUGGCGGCACAUGGCGCUAAUGGCGAGCCCACCGUCGGGUCCGGUGAACCGCGACAAAAGGGCAAGGCGACUCCGGAGACAAUUAGGAUAGGAUGUAUCGCCAUGGUCAGGAAGGAGGGUGUUCCUCGCCGCGCCGAAAUUCUCAGCAUUAAGGAAACGAAGAGCGGACGACAAUUUUACUGCAACUUCGAUAAUUUCAAUAAGCGUCUCGACGAAUGGGUACCGACGUCACGCAUCGAUUUCGACCAAGACGUCGAGUGGCCGAACCCAGACAAGGACAAGCCCAAGGACGCAAAGUCCAAAAAGGGGACGGCCGCCACGUCCAAGAAAGUUCAACCCUCCAAGAAAUCACAAAAGCGACCUGCCAAACGGGAGCAGUCGGCGCCGUCCGAGGCCAACACUCCGCACCCAUGGACCGAUUUCGUUGAAUCGCAGAGCCGGAAGAUGACGCCAACGGCAGAGGAGAGCCAGGCUCAGACCCCUGUGACGGUUGAGGCCAGCGCAACGCCUGCAGCGGCAGGCGAUGAGAUGGAUAUUGAUGGGGACGAGACGGACCUCAAAAAGGAGCUCAAUGGCUUCAGCCGUGAGGAGGAGAUUGAGAAGCUGAGAACACACGGUUCAAUGACACAGAACCCCGCCGAAAUAUCUCGAAUUCGAAACAUCUCCAAGGUUCAGUUUGGCAAAAACGACUUGUUCCCAUGGUACUUCUCGCCGUAUCCCGAGGUUUUUAACCAGGAGGAUGUCAUUUACAUUUGUGAGUUUUGUCUCGGGUACUACGGCGACGAGAAGUCAUUCUCCAGACAUCGGCGCAAGUGCACCUUGCAACAUCCCCCUGGAAAUGAAAUUUACCGAGAUGACUCGGUGUCCUUUUUCGAGAUUGACGGCAGACGCCAGCGGACAUAUUGUCGCAAUCUAUGUCUGUUGUCCAAGAUGUUCUUGGACCACAAAACGCUUUACUACGAUGUCGACCCUUUCUUGUUCUACGUCAUGGCAAGCCGAGAUGAUAAGGGCUGCCAUAUCAUUGGAUAUUUUUCCAAAGAAAAGGAGAGCGCUGACGGCUACAACGUCGCCUGUAUCCUGACAUUACCUCAGUACCAACGCAAGGGCUACGGUCGAUUGCUGAUUCAGUUUUCGUACGAGCUGUCCAAGAUUGAGGGCAGGCUUGGCUCUCCCGAGAAGCCUCUCUCUGAUUUGGGAUUGCUGAGUUACAGACAAUACUGGGGUGAGAAUAUCCUAGAUCUGCUGGUGGGAUACAAUGAGCGCGAGGAGAAGGCAACCAUUGAAGCGAUUUCAUCGCAGCUGGCCAUCAUUCCUCAAGACGUUGAGCACACCCUACAGGCGCUCAAGAUGCAAGUGUACCACAAGGGCGAGCAUAAAAUUGUGAUUCCUGAGAAGCUCAUCCAGCAGCGAGAGAAGCAGAAGGUGAAGCAGAAGAGACUCAUUGACCCUAGCAGGAUCCAAUGGAAGCCUCCCGUGUUCACGGCGUCCACGAGGACGUGGGGAUGGUAG